UAUAAAAGUUUUGAUAUCCUUUCAGCCGUUUUAAUCAGGGCGUAUCAAAUUCAAACAAAUUUCUGCUAAAUCCACAUCUUAUCUUAUUACAGGUUUAGUACGAAAAUGGGUGGAAGGAGUUACUCACCUUCACCUCCUCCUAGAGGCGGUGGCGGUCAUGGGAGAAGGGGAAGGAGUCCUAGUCCGAGGGGUCGAUAUGGCGGCGGUGGAGGCGGUGGCGGUGGUGGACGUGGUCGUGAUAGGGAUCUUCCAACAAGUCUUCUAGUUCGUAAUCUUCGUCAUGAUUGCAGGCCUGAAGACCUUCGUAGGCCAUUUGGACAAUUUGGUCCUUUGAAGGACAUCUAUUUGCCAAGGGAUUAUUAUAGUGGGGAGCCACGAGGGUUUGGGUUUGUUCAAUUUCUUGAUCCCGCUGAUGCUGCAGAAGCAAAAUACCAGAUGGAUGGUCAGGUUCUUCAAGGAAGACAACUAACAGUUGUUUUUGCAGAAGAGAACCGCAAGAAGCCAACUGACAUGCGGACAAGGGAGCGCAGAGGUGGUAGGUUUAAUGAUCGCAGGAGAUCGCCACCACCUCGGCACUCACGCUCUCCGCCACCGCGUUACUCUCGGUCCCCUCCCCCACGCUAUGCUCGAUCGCGGUCUCACAGCCGUGAAUAUUCUCCCCCUCCAAAGAGAAAGCAGCAUGCUAGGUCUAUCUCCCCUGGAGAGAAAAGGAGAUCAUAUUCGCAAUCUCCUGUAAGAGAGCGGUCUCCAACUCGUAGGAGCCGCAGCCGAAGUCCUGUUAUGGACAGAUCACCACCCUACAAUGGGUCAAGAAGCCAAAGCCCACUUCCACCAAGGGACCGUAGCCCUGUAAGGGAGCGGGCCCGGGCACCAAGGGAUCCUAGCCGGAGUCGGAGCCGAAGUCCUGAUGCUCGUGCUUACUCUAGGGCUGAAGCUUCACCUAGCCCUUAAUUAUGUUUUGCGACCUUUUUUGGUUGUGGUUUGUGAACGCUAUGUUGAGAAUGGUAAUCUAGGAUGUUUGUACUGUACUAUUUAUGGAUGUUCUAUCGGUUGUGCUUAAGAUUGCUUUGUUUUGAACUUCAGUUUAUAAUUAGCGCAUGAAGUUUGCGUUCA